CUGUUUUUUCUUUUUUUUUUUUUUUGGCACCAAAACUCUAUGAACUUUCUUCUGCAUUCUCCUCUUUCAAAAGAAUAGAAAAUAUAGUUGUGCAAUUCUCUCUGUCAGUUUAGUUCUUCGACAUUUUGAGGUUUGCAAUGCUGCUACACCAAAAUUGUACAUCCUUUAUAUCCUAACAUAUUUAUUUAAUAGACUACUUUAGAAGUUACUUUGUGCCGAUUACAUUAUGUUUUUCCUGCCUUCAAAAACGUUGUGGGAGAAUAUUUGCAGGUUUACAUUCUGUAAAACUUCAGCUUUAGCCACCUCGCCACCUUAAGGUCAGGGUAGGCUAUAGUUAAUUAUAUAUAAUUUUAUAAAAAAUUUUAGAAAUAUAGUAGUUGGUAAGGCUUUAGCUCCCCUCAUCAGUUCAAAUUCUCUGAGCGUAGAUUUUUAGUCCCCCUGUUUAGAUUCCUGGCUCCGCCACUGGCUUUAAUUAUAUUAACUAGGUGACGAUGUCGCGCCUUGUUGCGCGGCUAAGAUGGCUUAUGGGCAUGUAUUAUUUGGUCCGUUAUGGUGUUUUGUUCAGUGUUGUUAAAGCCAACCCGAGCCGGUCGAUCGGACCGGUAAAAUCGGGACCCAGACGUCAUUCCGGUUUGGAUCACCUCCAAAACCGCAAAGGUUAGAAAGGUCGGCUGGUGAGCGGCAGAAACGGCUAACCGUUCGAGCCGCUCGAACCGCCUGAUCGGUUUUUGGUUUUAGCCUAAAAUAAAUAAAAAAAGGAAACUUGAUGGAUCUCGAGUUGUUGUCUCCGCCGCUGUUGUCAUCAGGAUUAUUCCUCGCCUACCUCGCAUCGCCUUUUCCAGAAAGAAAGAGAGGAGAGGUCAGGGAGCGGGGUUUGGGGAGACAUCGUGACCUCGUGGGGGUUGAUUCGGCAGCAGGGUUUUGGGAGGAGCUUGAAGGAAGGGUAGAUGUUGGUGCGGCGAGGAGGACGACGGCGGUGUGGGGAGGUAGAGAUGUGAAAGAUGGGUAUGAGCGGAGAGCAUGAGCUGUGAAAGGUAGGGAAUGGGAAGGAAAUCAGAGGGAGAGAGGGAUGAGUGGCGGGUGGGGUGGGGAUUAGAAUUUUUAUAUUGUUUAUACUUAUAUAUAUUGUGAAAUUACUAAGUGGUACCUGCAAAGUAAAUUUUACUUUAGCCAUUAAAUUGUUAAGUUAUUGCUUUAUGUGUCUUGUAUUUAUUAUAUUAUAUCAUUGUUUAUAACCUAUUAGUCGACGGUGUGAGGAGAUAUAGAUGUGAAAGGCGGGGAUGAGCAGAGGGGAUGAGCUAUGAAAGAGAUGUGAAAGGUGGAGAACGGGAAGGAAAUCAGAGGGAGAGAGGGGAUGAGCGGCGGGUGGGGUGGGAAUUAGAGUUUUUUUAGUGUUUAUACUUUAUAUAUAUAUUGUAAAAUUAUUCGGUGGUUCCUGCAAAGUAAAUUUUACUUUAGCCA